AUGUCGCAGCCCAAACUCACCCUUCGUCCACCGCCGCAUCGCGAGUUCAUCCAGGGCUUUCCCGGUAUCGUCGGCUCCAACACUCGUCCUCCCGCCCACAUUGCCGGCACCGUCGAGGUCCGCCUCGGCACAAAGGGGCUCAAGGCAGCGUGGUUGCGCAUCGAGCUGCGCAAGCUCGAAACGCUUCCAGGGGGCGAGAGCUGGGGUGAACUCAUCGGCAAAGGCCCCAUCGACGUAUGGUCCGCACGCAAGGACGAGGCGCACAAGUCAGACUCGGAGAAAGGGUGGGAGUUGCUUCAAACAGCCGACUUUCCUUUCCAGGUCGCCAUCCCCGAGGGACUGCCUCCCAGCGCCAAACUCGAAAAGAACGCCGGUAUCGGUUACGAGCUCGUCACCUCCCUCUGCGUUCGAAGCAAGAAAGGGCUGUUGAAGAAAGAGACUACCAGCUCCAUCAUCCAAAACACGCAUCCUCUGUGGCUCGACAAGCACGAGCUGCACUCGACCUGGCCUGUCUACUCGACGCCGGAAGAUCACGAAGCCAUCCAGGAUGAUAUGAGGGUCAAGGUGAUGAGGGCCCGCACCUGCUACGGUCCCGGCGACAACAUCGAUGUCCGCGUCAUCGUCACUUCUGACCGCAUCUCGCCGAUCAAGGUCAAGAGCAUCUCGUUCUCGGUGCGUGAGACCAUCACCUUCAAAGGCGGAGCCAAAAAAGCGUUCAGCUCCAACAAGGCCGCCUCCCAAAAGACCGAGAGCCUGUCUUCAAAGAGUAAGAGCUUCGGCAAAAAGGUCUACAAAGGCGACACGCACACCUUCGACCUCACCUGUCAGAUCCCGCGCACGCACACGCUCAUGACCAUUCAGACUGCAAAGCACAUCGAAGUGUCGUACACACUGCGGGUGCAGGUCGAGACCGCCAAGAAGCCCAUCAUCAUCGACCACCUGCCCAUCACCGUUUCCAACUUUGCAAAGACAGCCAGCGACGCGCUCAUGGAUCGCAUCGGCUGGGUACCAGGGUUGUCUGCACCCGCUGACUCGGUCACCCAAGACUUGUACGUGCAAGACUUUGCCGCGAUGCCUCCUUCCGGCUCGCACUCGGGUCAGCCAGCGAUCACGAGGUCAAUUUCAUUCGGCGGCUCUACUUAUUCUGGAGAGAGGAGCAGCUACCCUGGGUAUGCCGGCGGCGACCUGCGCAGACGCGACACCGUCAUGACGCAAGGCACUGUGAUCAGCGGACCGGGCAUGGCAGGGAGGGGUGUGCCCGGACAGGUGUUUUCGUGGGGUCAGUACGGGUCUGCGCAGCCUUUUGGAUCAGGCGAGGCUCCCCGUCACGCGUUUGCAGGUCCGCCUAGCAUCUACGAGGGACGAGAAUUGGCGCCAGAGGAAUCGCGCGCCCUUUUUCACUCGACCAAUCGUCCUCAAAGCUCGGCGCUUCUGGGGACCGCGGUCGAUCCAGUACUCAUGCCGACUUCGUCCUAUCACGGAAACAGCGGCACGGUCACACCCAUCGUCGAAGGCAGCGAAGACGGUCACGCCCGUUCGCGCCUGGUACAGCACUCACCGUAUCAGCAGCAGCUCCAGCUUCCACAUACGCAAGCAGACAACCGAAGGCACUCGCAUUUUGGCGGUGGGGCUUUCACCUCCGGGGGCUUGGCUCAGACGAAUGGGCUCCGUUACUCGACGGGUGGCGCUGCGUUCACCGAUCGCAGCAACUUUGCUUCUCCGGUCGAUGGCCGAAGUCCGUAUGACGAGCAGCUGCCUCUUCGAGGACCAGGAACUCCCGAGUUGGGCACAACCAGAUACGUGCGUCCCGAGCCUGUCCACCAACCCCUUUCCUCGCAGACGCAGCCGUCCUGGGCUCAGGCUCGGGGCCCUGGUGCAGACCCCAACGGAGCUGCUAUGACGUCCGCGGAAGCCGAGAAGCAGCAUCUGUAUGAGCGUGCGCGUCAACAGGCCCAGCGGAACCAGCGCCGUGCAGAUGAGCGCCGUGCUCUUCAUCAAGGUACAGCUCCUUCGACACCCAUUUCGCCAGACGUCAAUGGAGGUCGUCCCUACAGUAUGUAUAACUUGGCGUCGGCCAGUGCUUCUCCGUCAGCUACACCUGCACCCCCCGCAGUGGCACUCGCAGUGGCACCCUCGGCGGCAGUGGCAGCGCUCUCAGCCGAAGCGGAAAAAAUGCGUCUCUUCGAACGCGCCCGAGCAGAAGCAGAAAGGUAUCAGAGCUCGUACAACGAGGGUGCUGCUUUCCCCGCAAUCGAGUCUGCAGCCAAUGGUGCGGGAAGCUCAAGCAUGCUUGCGUCGAGUGCUUCACAAGGCUUCCAGUCGAGUGCACACGGUGCGAUGGUUUCGGGGCGUACUGCGCCCUAUCCUUCGUACAUGACGGCGGAGGAGGAGAAGCGGCAGCUGUACGAGCGGGCUAAAGCCGAGGCGGACGCAUAUCAGCGUGGCGAGGGGUCGAGUGACACUGUCACUGCAUCGAGCGCCUCAGCCCAGCCUAUCUCGGAGCACCGCCAAGCCGCGUCUUUGAGCACUGGAACUGCCGAGCUUCCGGGAGCAUGGCCGGGGGCCGCACGCGCCUUUGCUGGUGCGACCCCUUCCGCGUCAACGCUUGGCCCUGCUACUGCGGGGGCUUCCUCGUCGGCUAACGGACAAGCCGUCGCUGGAUCGCCCCUCGCCGGCACGGGAGCGAUCAGCGAAAAGGAACAGCUGCGUCGCUACCACGAAGCCAGAGACGCCGUCAGCCAGCAUAUUCAACAAGCAUCGUCAUCGUCGUCGUUCAGCGCCGCUCCUCAGGGCCAGGGGAACAACUUGACGCAAGCACAGACGGAUCGCAUGUAUGCACCCGAGGUGGCUUCCGCCGUGCACCAUGCGACGCCCCACCAGCCGGCUGACACCGUGGCGACGCCGACGCGCGCCUCUCCGCUCAGCCUGGCACCCGUCGGACCAGCGACGGUGACACCGACAACGGGUACACCGACGACGACGGGUGUGCAGUCGUACCUGACAGAAGCGGAGCAGCAGUCGGCGGAGGAGAAGGAGCGCCUGGCAUCGCAUUACGCCAAGAAGGCGGCAAAAGCCGAGGCAAAGGCGUUUGCUAAGGCGAACGGUGCGUCGCAGUUGGUGCAGGGUCAGAGGGAGGGUGUCGUGCAGAGUGCGAGUGCGAGUGCGGGUGCGAGUGAGAAGGCGCAAUUGGCGGCCUACUAUGCUGCGCGUGACGCGAUGGAGCAGAAUCUCUCGCCGAUGCAAUCGGCGCCAGCACCAGCAGCAGUGGCGGCUGGGAGCGGCUCAAAUGCAGGAGUGAGCUCUUCCUUGUCGACCACACCCGCGCAUCAGAUCCCCGCACUGCGUGCAGCGUCGCCGAUAGUGCUCCCUUCCAUGUCGUCUGUUGCUUCGAAUGGCACUGCUCACGGCAGCAUCGCUGGUGCUCGGGACGCGAACCAGUGGCGUCCUAAGUACAACUCGCUCUACGACGAUUCGGACGUAGACCAUCUGCUCGACGGUAGAGAUGCGAAAGGCUCUGGCGGAGGUGUACCUCCGCCGUUGCCGCCCAAAAUCCCGCUCGGCCAUCGAUCGACUGCCAGCCAGGGUUGGUCUUGA